AAUAACACAGUAUUCUCUCUGAACUGUGAGAAGCUCUCUGGGGACAUUGAGCCAAAAGGAAAAAUAUUGUUUACCAUUCCAGUUGUGAAGUAUGAAUUAAAUUUUAGCAGAGACUUGAAGUUUGCGUUUGGUCAUUCCAUAGGUACGACCCGCCCCCCUCGAGACGGAGAAGUCCCAGGGGUGGAUUACAACUUCCUAUCUGUGGAGGACUUUCUACAACUUGAGGAGAGUGGGACCCUUCUGGAAAUAGGAUCGUAUGAAGGUAACUAUUAUGGGACCCCCAAGCCGCCAAGGCAGCCCAUCAUUGGGACCUUGACUCUCAGUGAUGCAGGCUUCCAGCAGUCCACCCCAAAGCGCACCAAGUCCUACAAUGACAUGCAAAACGCUCGCAUAGUGCCUGCUGACGAUGACGAUGACGACCAGGCCACGGAAAUGAACAACAGUUUUACAGGUAACCCUAACGACCAGGAUGAGAGCCGUGGCAGCAUCCUCCGGCCGUAUCCUGCCCGUGACAAUGCUCUGUCCUGUGGUCUGAACAAUGCGGCCACCUCCACAGCAGAAAGCGGCCAGCAAACGCUCGCUGAACCGCAGGUCUCUCCAGAGGACCCGCUGGGCCCGCUGCCUGAAAACUGGGAAAUGGCCUACACUGAGAAUGGAGAACUUUACUUCAUAGACCACAACACAAAGACCACAUCAUGGAUGGACCCACGAUGUAGAGACAAAGCCUCAAGGCCUUUGGAAGAGUGCGAGGAUGAUGAGCUGCCUCCAGGAUGGGAGAGAAUAGAUGACCCUGUCUAUGGUGUCUACUACGUAGACCAUAUAAACAGGAAGACCCAAUAUGAGAACCCAGUGGUGGAGGUGCGGCGUAGAAAAAUCCUGGAGCAGCAGCAACAGCCGCAGCCUCCAGAAGAGUGGAUAGAGGAGCACUCCUCAGCAGCUGCUCCACUGGCAAACUAUGCUCCAAACCACUUGGAAACCUACAGGGACCCACAAGUCCCACCGACUCUACCUCCCGGCCCUCCAGGAGUCAAACGAGGAAAACCGUUCUUCACAAGAAAUCCAGCAGAACUUAAAGGAACCUUCAUCAACACAAAGCUAAAGAAAAGCCGCCGUGGAUUUGGCUUCACUGUGGUUGGCGGUGACGAGCCGGAUGAGUUUUUACAGAUCAAAAGUCUUGUGCUGGAUGGGCCUGCAGCUGUGGAUGGCAAAAUGGAGACAGGUGCAGUACCCAACCAACAUCCACAGAGGGCACUGUUUUCAUUUAGUAAAAGUAGCGAUGUGAUAGUCAGUGUGAAUGACACCAUUGUGCUGGGCUACACCCAUGCUCAGGUGGUGAAAAUCUUCCAGUCCAUCCCCAUUGGCUCCAUGGUGGAUCUGGCCUUAUGUCGUGGUUACCCGCUGCCCUUUGACCCUGACGACCCCAAUACUAGCCUGGUGACUUCAGUGGCGAUCUUGGACAAGGAACCAAUCAUCGUUAAUGGACAAGAGACGUUUGACUCGCCUGCUAACCAGAUUGGACCCAUUAAUGGUAUGCGAGAGCCACGAUCACACAGCCCCUCAGCGGAGGUAGCAUCCAAUGGCUCACACGGCUACUCCACGGAUGUGGUCACCCUGGCCUCGUCCAUUGCCACCCAGCCCGAGCUGAUCACCAUCCACAUGGAGAAGGGAGACAAAGGAUUCGGUUUCACUAUCGCUGACAGCCUGACAGGAGGAGGGCAGAGGGUCAAGCAGAUAGUGGACUAUCCACGGUGCCGUGGCUUGAAAGAGGGGGACAUUCUGAUGGAGGUCAACAAGAGAAAUGUCCAGAAUAUGACUCACAAUCAGGUGGUGGAUCUCCUGAGCAAAUGUCCCCGAGGGAGUGAGGUCACAAUGCUGGUGCAAAGAGGAGUGGUGCCAGCCAAGAGGAGUCCAAAGCUGGUGCACCAGUUGGAGAGAAAAGACAGUCAGAGCAGUUCUCAGCACAGUGUGUGCAGCCAUCGCAGCACCCACACUGAUUCUCCCAGCCACCCACCCUCUGCCAUGCCCAGUGAGGCGGUGGCUCCCACUCCUGCUGCCCCCACCCAGCCUCUGCCAGGCCUGCCCCCCCAGGACCCCACAGAUGGCACUCCCACCUUGCAGAAGAAGCCAGACCCUUUCAAGAUCUGGGCACAAUCCAGAAGCAUGUAUGAGAGUCGAUUGCCAGAUUGCCAGGAGCAGGACAUCUUCCUUUGGCGGAAGGACACAGGGUUUGGAUUCCGUAUCCUAGGAGGCAAUGAGCCCGGGGAACCUAUUUACAUCGGACACAUAGUGAAGUACGGGGCUGCAGAUGAGGACGGGCGCCUGCGGUCAGGUGAUGAGCUCAUCUGUGUGGACGGCACAGCAGUGGUGGGCAAGUCGCAUCAGCUGGUGGUGCAGCUGAUGCAGCAGGCGGCCAAACAGGGCCACGUCAACCUCACCGUCAGACGUAAGAGCACCGGAUACGGAGUGUCAAAAGGAGAAGGCGAUGUCCCCCCCUCGCCCGCCUCCUCCCACCACAGCAGCACACAGGCGCCCAGUCUGACAGAGGGCAAGCGGACCCCUCAGGGGAGCCAGAAUUCCCUCAACACCGUCAGCUCUGGCAGUGGGUCCACCAGCGGCAUAGGCAGCGGUGGCGGAGGUGGCAGCGGGAGCGCGGUGGUGCCGGCCUCCCUGCAGCCGUACGAUGUGGAGAUCCAGCGAGGAGAGAACGAGGGUUUUGGUUUUGUCAUCGUCUCAUCCGUUUCCAGGCCUGACGCUGGCACCACUUUUGGACGCAUCAUCGAGGGCAGCCCGGCGGACCGCUGCGGCAAGCUGAAGGUCGGGGACCGAAUACUGGCUGUUAACGGCUGCUCCAUCACCAACAAGUCACACUCAGAUAUUGUCAACCUGAUCAAGGAGGCCGGAAACACGGUCUCACUCCGGAUCAUCCCAGGCGAUGAAACUUCCAAUGCCUCUCUGCUGACCAACGCUGAGAAGAUAGCUACUAUAACCACCACACACACACCUCAGUCCACAGAACCCCGAAACAACUCAAAGUCAAAAGGAGCUCCUCCUCCACCCCCCUCACAAAUACAGAUGACACGGGAUGCAGAAUUCUAUUCUGUGGACCUUGAGAGAGACAGCAAAGGCUUCGGUUUCAGCUUGAGAGGAGGAUGCGAGUAUAACAUGGACCUUUAUGUGUUGCGACUAGCAGAGGAUGGGGCAGCGGUUCGAAACGGCAAAAUGAGGGUGGGAGACGAGAUUCUGGAGAUUAAUGGUGAGAGCACAAAGAACAUGAAGCAUUCACGAGCCAUUGAACUGAUCAAGAACGGUGGUAGAAGGGCAAGGCUUGUCCUUAAACGGGGUGAUGGAUCUGUACCUGAAUAUGACGGCAGCAGUGACGGGCACCCUCCCACACCCGGGGCACAAAACACUCCGGAAGUGAGAAAGCUGCCUCUCAACAGCCGAUAUCACACCUCAUUGGAGUCCAGUUAUCCACCAGACCUUCACAAACCAUCAUGCCUGGAGGAGGCUGUGCGUGGCCGAGAAAUGGACAGGAACAGGGACAGGGCUGGGUCAAAUCCAAUGGACUUCCAAGGCCGGCAAUUUAACCCCCAUCAUCAUCACACGUGGAGUAACAAUCACAGUCAAAGUAUCCCCACACAGCAGUCUCCUGACAACAGUAGCAAUGGCAGCAAGAAGAGCCGAGGACGCAAAGUCAAGAAGUCUGAGUCGGAAAGCGGCAUUUCGAAACUCCUAAAGACUCUGAGGAAGGACAGCUCAGGGAAAAAGGCUGCAGCUGCCGAGAAACUGAAGGAGCGAGAGAUCGCAAGUACUUCUAGGCUGGACGGGAGGAUUCAGCAGCGUCGUGGCUCCCUCGACCGCUCGCCAACCAGGAAGCGCGGCUCAUCACCAGACCGUCGCCGGGCUAAAUCGAUGGACCGUCGGGCAGAGCGAGUGCAUCGCGACUGCACGCCUGAGAGGGACAACGAUGAUGGAGGGUUCCUCGCAAUCACCCCCGAGCGGAAGUUCUACGAGCGAAGACUCCUUAAGGACUCUGAGAUGACUGGGCGAGUCAGGGAGGCUUCAACCCCUGAGCGCGCCAACAACACUGGGGACGCCUCGUCUCUGUCCAGGGGCCGCACACAUGACAGAGCCAUGAAGAAUGGCAACCUUCUGAGAGACUCGUCCUCAGAGAGGAGGGAGGCGAGACACCGUCCGAACGGGACAAUGGAGAGACGAAGCAGAACGGAACGGGAUUCAUCCCCUGACAGCAACUACAGCUGGGACGAGCUGAACUAUGCAGCAGCACCGAGACUGACAGACUACUACAGCAUGAUGAAGAACAACGCUGCACACAACAAUGCUGCCUAUAACAACGCAGGCCAUAACAAUAACACAGUGGGCCGCAGCUCAAACCAGAUCCCUGAGCCCAAGAGAAGGCUGUACAAAGAAAGCCCUAAAGACCUCAGCAUCUAGACCAGAGCAGAGAUUCCCCCGCCACUCUCUCCUCUAUCUGUGCUAACUAUGUACCGUACACUGGAAUUGGACUUCUAACAACACUAACUCUUGUUCUAUAUUCGGUCGAAUGGUUUAUUGACUAAUUUGAUUAACUUAAAUACAUGUUGUCCCAACCAUAAAUUCACAAAACAGCAAGAGUACAAUCCUUAUAUCAGUUUAUACUGGUUGUUUUUGUCAUUGUUCUAGUUAUUUUGAACAUAACAAAGGUUGUUGUACUAUAGUAAAGGUAUUGUAUAUGCCUGCAUAUGAAAUCAGUGAUAUUGCUUUUUGUAGGCAUUGCUGACUCUAAAUAUUUGUUCCCUCAGUGUUAUGAACCAUGCUACCAUUUCUGGUAACUAUUAACUGCUGAGCUUCUUUUCACUUGUUUUUAGAUAUCUUUUUCAGUCCCAAAUUGCUUUACUGAACAAACUAUAGCACAAGACAUAUAUGGUUCACAACUACUGUGGAAAUAACAAGAGUUGAAGCGAAUGUCUAAAUUUCAAGAUCAGGUGGUAAAUUUAAAAAAUGAUAUAUGACAUAUUUUUCAAUUUGGCACAAAUCCUAAGCAAACUGCAUUCACUCUUUAAGGACCGAGGUAGAAAUGGAAGGAUGUCCAUUUAUGACGUGUGUCAUUGAGGUGUUAGAUGGCCUGGCCCCGAUUAUUUGGACAAAUACAUGCUUUUCAGAGACUAAUAAAUAAGAGAGGGGAUGUACAAAACAAACUUUAUUAUUGUUAGUUUCCCUUAAAGUGGGAUAACAAAAAACAACACAGUUAGCUUUUCUAUGAUUACAGUUAGGAUGUGGAAGGAGCUUGAGACACUUUAAAUUAAAAGCAAAACUAGUCUUUGUUGUUGAAAAUUAUUCAAAUUCGUUCUUGAUUCGUCAAUUUCAAAACUUUCAACUUAAAUUUAAUUCAAUUAGUCUGCAUAUUACUAUAAAAUCAGCUGUAGCUGUCUUAAAGUCUGUUUUUUAUAUUCCAAAAAAAGGAAAUAAAUAUAUGAAUUAUCCCUUUGCAAGAUGCAUGUUUGAAUCAAAAUGUAGUAUAACCACAUUAUUUGAUGGUCUGAGUGAGAAUAACUGAUAAAGAACACACAGUGUAAUCCCACACUAAUUGUUCGCCCAGUCCUGAUGUUUAUUGUGUACCAACCACCUCCAGGGCCCAACAUUAAUAGCUGAUGUGGUUUGUUGUGAUGGUCACAUAGGAAGAAUCCUGGUAAAGGAGACGACUAAUCUGCCAUGCUGAGCCAUGCUGUUAUGUCACUGAAGUCUGACUGCUGCUUUUUAAUGUGUUUUGUGUGUAUUCUCUGUUUGACUUUUCAUUUAUGAACUAAGAAUAUGUUGGAUAAACCACAACAAAAGGAUUGCUUCAUCACUGUUGUCACAAUGGUACUGUAUUCAACAGAAAUAUAAUUCCCUGCUCCCCCAUCCCCUAAAAAAAAAACACCUUUAAGAAGUUGGCCAUCACCUGUUGAAAAGAAGAUGUAAAAAAAUGAAAUCCAAUAUAAAUACUACGAACCUGUCAAGAAGUAAAAUGUUGCCUUUUUUCUUGUACAAAAGAGAAAUUUAUGGAAACCUCUGGAGUGAGGAAUGUGAUAUUGUGUUUAUAUCUCAGAAAUGGACCUGAUGUUGAUUUAUGAGAAACAUGUUGAUUUACUAUGGAUCAGGUAUGUAAAGACAUUUUAAAAAUGAAAGACUGUAUUUGGUCAAUCCGAAACUGAUGUUUUGAAACUCUCUUGAUGGUUAGCCUGCCUUUGUAUUAUAAAGCACUUGUAUGCAGUCUGUGUUCUUCAAGCAUUAUUUCUUGCAAUGUGCUCCAGACAUAAUGCUGUCUCUGUGUUGAUAAAAGCAGUACAUGUAUAUGGGCCAAUCUUUUUUAUAUAACUAUGCAUAUAUAAAUACUACAUUGUUCAUAGCUUUAUUUGACCCAUGAAGCUAUACAUAACAUUAGUAAAAGUACAAGUAGAUGUGGACUUAUCCAGCUUCUUUCCUUGAGAUGGAUUACAAUGUAUAUGUAGCUGUCAAAAGAAGUCUGUGAAUGCUAUUUUUAUUAUCAAAUAAAGUUUUCCAUUC